UCACACUCCCAAGUUCAUGGCGUCUUGAAGAAGCUAGAAGACGAAAGACAAAUAAAACAAAAACAAACACCACCGAACAAGCCAACACCGCAUGCAAAAAUGGCGCCAAAAACAAAACCAAAGAAGAAGCGAAGCCCUUCCUCCGAGUCAGAACCUGAUGGAAUGUUUUCAGGAAUGGUGGUUUUCUUCGUCCCCAAAGGAGUCCAACCACGUCGGUUGCAGUGUGUUUGUUUCUUUUCUUUUUCAUAGAUUUGGAAGCAGAGGUUGGUGCAAAUGGGUGGUGUAAUUGAGGAGCGCCUCUCCAGACGGGUCACUCAUGUUUUUGCAAUGGAUUCUCAUACUCUUCUCAAAGAACUGGACAAGGAGCGUUUAUCACGUUUUAAAGGGAAAGUUAUCCUUUACCAAUGGCUGGAGGACAGCUUGAAAUCUGGGGAAAAACUAUCUGAGGACAUGUAUGAGCUGAAGUUGGAUCCUCAAAGUGAAGAUAUUCCUCAUAAGCCUUUGAACCCUAAGCCAACUUAUGGAAACUUGUCAAGUGAUUCUCAGCAAUCACCGAGUAAAAAGAUCAAGUUAUCUUCUGAAGAAACAAAGGUUGCAGAUCUCAAAAGUAAUGAAAAUAAAACAGAAAAUGCUCCACUUUUGUCCACAAGCACGACAAGCAGUCCUGCUGAAGUUGACAGUUUUAAUUAUGCAAACACGAGACGUCAAAGUCUUGAGUCCGAAAGUGAGGCAUCGUCCUUGCCAUACUGUCCACCUGACCUCAACAAGAAUAUAACAGAGAUAUUUGGAAAACUUGUUAACAUAUAUAGAGCACUGGGUGAUGAUCGGAGAUCCUUCAGCUAUUACAAGGCUAUUGCAGUGAUUGAGAAGUUGCCGUUUAAAAUUGAAAGCACAGACCAGAUCAAAGACCUGCCUUCUAUUGGAAAAUCAAUGAAAGAUCAUGUUCAGGAGAUAAUAACUACUGGGAAGUUAUCCAAACUGGAACACUUUGAAACUGAUGAGAAGGUGCGGACAAUAUCCUUAUUUGGAGAAGUAUGGGGUAUUGGUCCUGCCACAGCACUGAAAUUGUAUGAGAAAGGACACCGUACAUUAGAUGAUCUAAGGAAUGAUGAUUCACUUACAAAUGCACAAAAGUUAGGGUUGAAAUACUUUGAUGAUAUCAGGCAACGAAUUCCACGCCAUGAGGUUCAAGAGAUGGAGCGCAUUUUGCAGAAAGUUGGGGAGGAAGUUUUGCCUGGGGUUAUUAUUGUUUGUGGAGGAUCAUAUAGGCGCGGGAAGGCUACUUGUGGUGACAUUGAUGUUAUUAUAACACAUCCUGAUGGACAAAGUCACAAAGGAUUUUUGCCAAAGUUUGUACAGUGUUUAAAGGAUAUUGAUUUCCUGAGAGAGGAUUUAGUUUUCAGUACUCAUAGCGAAGAGGGUACUGACUCUGGUGUUGACACUUACUUUGGCUUUUGCACUUAUCCUGGACGGGAGUUGCGACACAGAAUUGAUUUAAAGGUCUACCCAAGAGACAUAUAUGCUUUUGGACUAAUAGCUUGGACAGGAAACGACGUAUUAAAUAGGAGGUUGAGACUGCUUGCUGAAUCUAAAGGAUUUCGGCUUGAUGAUACAGGCUUGUUUCCAGCUACUCAAGGUUCUGGAGGCAAACGGGGUGCAAAAGGUAUUGCAAGUUUGAAAUUUGAUACGGAGAAGGAGGUGUUUGAUUUCUUGGGCUUUCCUUGGCUUGAACCACAUGAAAGAAAUCUUUAAACAUUCAAUGGCUUGCUGUUGGAAAGUGGUCUCCUUCCUGAUUUCCAUGCACCCUUUAUUCUAAUCUUACAGAAUAUGAUGUAUCUAAUAUCUAAUUAUCUAUCCAUCCAGGAGGCCUUCUUUUUUGGUGUCCGUAUUGGGGCCAUUUUGUCUUGUUGGGGGUAGAAAGGGAGGGGAUGUCUAAAAUUGUAAAUAUAUAUAAACUAUAUAUUUUGUGUAUAAAGUAGUUCAAUGUGAUGAUGUGUUU